CACCUCUCAGCAGGGAUCCUAUCAUCAUCGAGAUAGUGCAUUCCAGUUCUUUGAAAGCGUAUAGAGCUCAAGAUGGCGUCAGUAGCUUCUUUGACCCGAACGGGACGGUCAGCUGUCUCUCGGAACCUACCUGCUAGAGCAUUCACUACCUCACUUUCCGCCCGCUCUGACUCCCUGUUCGUGCACCGCGAUACCGACUACAAUAACCCAGAUAUUCCCUUCGAAUUCGAUGCUGAGAACCUCAAAAUGGCGAAAGAGAUCAUCGCUCGAUACCCUCCACAAUACAAAAAGGCAGCCGUUAUGCCAAUCUUGGAUCUUGGACAGAGACAGAACAAGGGAUGGACCAGUAUAAGUGUUAUGAAUGCAGUCGCCAAGCUGUUGGAAAUGCCAAAGAUGAGGGUGUACGAAGUUGCUACCUUUUACACCAUGUACAACCGUGAACCUGUGGGCAAGUACUUUGUGCAACUGUGCACCACGACACCGUGCAAACUUGGAGGAUGUGGAUCUGACAUCAUCCAAAAAACAAUAGAGGAGAAGUUGGGAGUUCACGGAGGAGAAUCGACUAAGGACGGCAAGUUCACUUAUAUUGAAGUGGAGUGCUUGGGAGCCUGCAGCAAUGCGCCGAUGAUGCAAAUCAAUGAUGACUUUUACGAGGAUCUGACACCAGAAUCAACCGUCAAGAUUCUGGAUGCCCUGUCGAAAGGAGAGAGACCAAAGCCUGGACCACAGUCAAAGAGAUACAAGUCGGAGAACUCUGCUGGUUUGACAACUUUGACUGGCAAACCAUAUGGACCGGGAGAGUUCUGUCAACCGGAAUUUCAAUAGGCGCAAAAUAUGUAUGAAAAUGUAAUCCCUGCGAGCA